AUGAAAACCGCCAUUUCGAACGAGUGGGACACGUUGUUGACUAUCGAGGACGCAUCAGAUGAAGACGAACUAGACAAAAGAUCGGUGUCGACUCUCCACUGGUCUCCCAGCCCCCAACCGCGAUCUCCUUCUCCCCCGCUUGUUGUUUCGAGCCACCACCCUGUGGAGACGAGGACAGAAGUUGAAUGGAAGCGUAUAGAGGCUGAGAAAAGAAAGCAAGCUCGGCAAGGACGCUAUGACCCCAAGUAUGUCGAAAAGCGCGGUCGUGUGUUUUUCUCCAACGACGGGACCUUAUACUUCUCCCCGAAUUGCCGCAAGCUCCCUCGAUGGCAGCCGCCGCACAGAGACUUCGAUCCCAAAACUCUCCGAGAGCUCCAGCUCCCGGUCUGGUAUAAGCGUCCCGAGGUCGUUUGGAAGUCCUGCGUCAUGAUCAACAUGCCUUUCAAUGGCGUUUUUGCUUGCCUCCGAGACCAGUACUGUCGGCAAUUAGAAUUCAAUUCGUCGAGAAACGUCUGGCGUCUCAGUCCUCACGUACAACAACUUUGGAGUGUGGCCCUCGAUGCCAUCGAGAAGUGUCUUUGGUCCAUCAGGGAUGGUUCUUUGGGUAUGGCUUCACUGAUGGAACUACCACCACGGCCGGAUCAUCUUUUUCGACAGGAGUUUAGACUCCGUGGAGCAGCAAACUCGGGUAUCGUUGAAGCUCGCAAUCGUAUGAUUGCGUGGAUCAGCGCCUUUUUCUUUUUCGUGCGUUGCUGUGAUAGGGUAGUUCCUCUUGCUUCCGACGACCCACUAUCCGAACCUUCUGCUCAUCUGGCCAAAUCGUAUCCCAGCUUAUUUACGUGGCUCCCGAAAUGGUUCAGAAUCCUAGUGAGGGCGCAUCCCGAGUUGCAGGGUUGGCUGAGCUCGGUGAGGACCUACUGGUCCAACGUUGACAAGGAAAACAUACCGGGCCUCUUCUUCGAUUUCGAUCAUUACGGAACAGCUGCACCGCCGCUCUCCUGGCUAUACGAAAACGGCAUUCCAGUGUGGUAUCCUUGGAGAGAGAAGGAGAUGCAGUUAGCAGCGACGGAUCCCCUCAUAGCUCGAUUCAAACCCCCAGAGUCUAUUUUGGAAGAGGCCGAGGACGAGCGAUAUGAGGAGGAACAUGCGCGAUGGGAGGCUGGCUUGGAAGCAGAGGUGGAAACGCGGCAACGCUACGACCGUGAUCUGUCACGUCAGCGAAGAGAACAAGAAGGUCGCUCAGUAUCCCAUAGGACGCGCGCUCGAAUUAUGCGUCCAUCACGUUCUCUGAUGUCCGCCGGUACGACGCAACGUCCACCAAUUUCGUUCGCUCCCAUUACGAGUCACUCGCUUUCAUCGACGCAGUUUGCGACGCCCGUGGCGCCGCAUGAAUCCCAUGAUAGGCUUUCCAACUCUAGAACGUUUGAGUCAUACUUCAUAGCAGAUGCAUUUUCCGAAGCACCACCUAUGCCCACUUUGGCGAUGCCAUCGUCGCUCUCGCCCUCAUCUUCUUCACCGCUCGCGAGACCACCUAGUCCAUCACACCCUUUGAACAACUCGUCGAGUUUUCCCCUCGUGCAGACCCCUGCCACUCCGUCUCCGCACUUGCAUUUGCCCGUUCCAUCGCCCGCGUCUCCGCCCAACGCGUCGACCUUGCUGCCCAACCCAUCCGUUGCUUCUCAUACGGCGUCCAGCCCCCCCUCCGUCACAUGUUUUUCUCCACCGCUCGCAAGGCUACCUAGUCCACCACUUCCUUCGGACGACUCGUCGAAUUUUCCCCUCACGAAGACACCUGCCACGCCGUCUUCGCACUCGCAUUUGCCCGUUCUGUCACUCGCGUCUCCGCCCAACGCGUCGACCUUGCUGCACGACUCGUCCGUUACAUCUCAUACGUCAUCUAACUCCCACUCUGUCAUAUCUGCGUCCACGCACACUUCAGAUAUGUAUCAGUGUCAGGUCCCGGCUCGUCCCUACGGACAAGAUCUUGUAGCCUUCUUCCAUCGUCACUCAGCAGAAAACGCGAUAAUUGAGAGCCACGAGGCGCCCGAAGAAAGGGAUUGUAGGAUCCGUCGCGACAAAAUCAACGGCAGUGUUAGAAUCUACGAAUGGGCAGAGGAGCUUGCAGUCCAGGGUAGCUUCAUGGUUCUUUCGAUGUCGGAGAGGAAGUACACCGACGUGCAUGCACGUAUGGAAGGCGCCAGGGAGCUACUAGCUAAUACGGCGCUUUCCCACCUCUACGAUUCACAUCGCAACGAACUCCAUUUCGUGUCCGCUAUCGAUACAUUUUGCCCCCCCAAGAUACAAAAGUAUCGUCAACUUCAUCCCGAGUUCAUCGACGAAGAGGAAGAGCGCACAUUCAGCCCUGAGAUCGACGCCUCUACCGGUACACGAAGUAUUACAUUUGAAGACGACGCUGUGGCGGUGGCGACCAUUCGUUUUGGUUUCAAUCCACGAUCAGUGGAGUCAGUUGAGUCCAAGGUCGAUCGAGAGAUGUGGAAAAUAGUUCUUAGCAAGCUCCAGAGCAUGGCACCAUCGUUGGAUACGGUCUCGUCGUCUCUUGCUCAAGGAAUUUGGGAGUUUCUCGAAUCUUUUGCCAAGGAGCCCACUCAUAAUGUGUCCAAACACCCCACCGAGACGCAGUCCUCUUUUGCAGCCAGAGUCGUCCCCUCUUCCACCGCCGAUACACCGAUGUCCACCAUUCCUCUCGGCAGCGGCCUCCGCGCAGUGAUCCGAGACCUGGUAUACAUUCACCAGAGCCCACACGCUACGACUGGACCCGACGCUGGACCACGCGUUGGGGGGAAACACAAUGUCGACCAUGAAGCAACCUCACCCCUUUCGAAAAUGUGGACCAUCGACUCCCCAACUCUUGUGAUGGUUGGUCGCGGACGAGCGAUGGAGGCCUCGCACCAGCCUUCGGCACUCACGUCCAUGACCACUUGCUCUGAUCAGUGGUGCCUCGUAGUAACCUCCGCAUGCGAUGCAUUACAUGCAAGUAGGUUACUUGCCGGUGGACUCGACACCACUGACGUUGCUCUCCAUCUGUGCGAGCGAGCUAUACCGUUCCGAACCGUGGUGUGGAGAGGCCCGAUGGAGCCGGAGCAUCGACCAAAACCAAAACCCGUACGUUUCGAUGGGCAUGUUUGGAAUAGUUGGGACUAUCGCGAGUACCUGCGGGAGCGAUCCGAUCUUUUGCGAAUUCCCUGGAUCAGGCGCGCGUGUUACUUAGCUGGUGGGAUUUUGUGGCGUAUAGCAAACGAGGUUUGUGGACCACCGUCUAGGGAGAUGAUAGAAAAAGGACCUUCUGAGGGAGCCAGACGCGGCGAGCACGCUUCCAAUAUCCGCGGCUGGGUAGACGAUGAACUUUCGGAGGAUAUCAUGGCCUUGAUGAUAGGGCUUUAUCUUUGCCCUCAAUACCCUAGUCAAGAAGUUGAUGAGCUCCGAGAACUUGCUUCUGGACAAGAGCAGGGACGAGCUAAUCUCAAACGGCUUUCGUGGUGGCCCCUGCCCUCUACGUUUUGGCACUACAGCCUGGGAAGUCUGGGUCACUGGAGCCCACGGAAUGAACAAUGGUAUACCGAUCGUCGGAGAGAUUUGGAGCUGUGUUAUUUAGCAGAUCAGGUGUCAUCGAAUCCUGUCCCUCCUAAGGGGGCAAAGCAGUGGAGGAAUACCACAAAGUUCGGUGGGUUCAGUAGGCGCUUACUUACGAUUACAGAGGACAAUGCCGGUUCAAUGAUUCGUUCCGAUGGUAAAUCUUUGGAAGAGUCGGGACUGCCAUACAUAUCUUAG